GUUGUUUUUGUUUUGUUACCUGUUUAAAAUAUUUAAGCGCCAAAAUUAUUUUUGGCUAAAUGAAUGUUUAAACUCUGAGAUGUCUAAACGCGUAUAUUACCCACAACAACAAGGUGAAAGAAAAAGGGCAAAAUUAGAUGUUUCAAGAACGGAUAACCACUUAGCCCUCAGUCAAAAUAAUGAUAGAAAUAAAGACCAAAACGAAGAUAACUGGGGCGAUGAGGUUGAUGAUGAAAUACUCCUACUUGCAAGCCAGGCGUGUGAACAAGCAUACACUGAUGUAGACAGUAGUUUACCAGAUUAUAGUAUUUGUAUGAAACCUUCCUCAACUAGUACACAAAACUUUGACCCUGGACCAAGCACAUCUACUAACUCUGAUCCUUUUAAGAAACCUAUAAAUAAUCCACUCAAUUUUACGUCUGACCCUUUCAAGAAACCACAUAAUACGCCUAAUUUUAAUUCACCAAGUAUUAAAAAUAAAUGCAACUUAAUUUCAUCACCAUUACCAAACAUUUCAAGAUCUGUACAAAACACCAAUCCAAAUGUCAUAGAAGAUAUGAUAUUCAAUGAUAAAGUUCAUAAAGGUGAUACUGACUAUGUCUAUAGACAAUUACUACAGCUGCAAGAAGAAAAUUCUAAACUCAAAUCUGAGAAUGGGAAAUUGCUUGAGAAAUGCAUGACUAAAGAGGGUGAGGUUUCAAUUCUGCGGACUCAUUUAAAAACAAGUCAAGCAGCUGCUGAUAAUGCUAGAUUGGAAAAGAUUAAAGUACAAGAAAGAGUGCAAAUGGAGUGGACAGACAAGUUAGCGGUAGCCAAUAAUCAAUUACAAGAUCUGAAAACGCAACUAGAUUUUAAGAAUCUCGAAAUAACAAGUAUAAAAGAGAAAUGUAAGAUGUUAGAAUCAUCCAAAGUGAGAUUGACUCAAGUAAAUAUUCCCAAGCAUGAUAUAUCAUUAAGUCAUAGAAACAGUAUGUAUGGCAUGAGAGAUUCUCUAUCUUCAACACAAAUGGCAAGAGUAAAAACAUCUUGUAAAAAUGUACAAACAGAAUGCGGGACAUUACCAAAUAUUAUACAACUUAAUAUUGCAUAUAGACAAGAUCAAAAAAAGUUAACUCGACUCCUACCUUUAACAGUAGAAUCAUCAACAGAACAAUAUUCAUUAUUGGAAUUUAACGAAAAAUUACAAAAACCAUCUGAUAACUUAAAUAACAGAUGCAAAGUGUUUAGCUCAUUUCAUAGGAUACCUAACACUCCGUGUCCUAGAGCAGAUGUCAGAUGUAAAGUAACACUGAAUGAUGUGUACAAAGAUUUGGCUUCUAUUGCCGCUGAUGGAUCAGAUGAAGUGGAACAGAAAAUUUUAAAUAUUAUAAAAGCCGCUAAAAUAAUAUUACAAGAUGUAGAACAUACAUUAAACACAUUAGAAUUAAGAAUGACAACGGCAUUUCAGAAGGAAAUUGACGAGAAAUAUAUUGAUGCAAGCGCAAACUAUUUAGUUGUGUCCGAAGAAGAUUUGAUCUCCGGAAAGUCAUUAUAUAAAGAAGAGCAAGCUGUCACAGCAAGAAGAAUAACAUCAGUUCUGUAUCAUGUUCUAGAAGAUUCUAGAGCUGCGGGAUUAUUUAUCAGAGAAGAUAUUGAUAUAUCAAUUCACGAAGGAACACCUUUAUUAGAAAUUAUACAAAGGAUAUGCAUAUUAUUAGAUAAAACGUCUUGUGCAGUAUUAUUUAGUGGUUUCUUACAAGCGGUGAUACAAUUUCUUUAUAGAAUUUUAAUACAAUCAAAUAAAAAUAUAACAAACAAAAUAUUAAAAGUUAUAAAAACAAUAAUAGAAUCUAGACCGAUGUUGUUCGUGAGUUGUGCAUCAUUACGCGUGUUACGUGAACUGUGGUCGACAGAUACAACAGACAUGUUGUGUAGAGGCAGCACGGCUGGCAAUUUGAAGUUGGAUUAUGAUCAAGGCGUACUUUUGUAUAAGAAAGACUCGUGUUUUCUUCAAGUUUUAUUGAAACAAAUCGAAGCCGCUCUAAAAUGUAUUGAGAGGCAGAAACUAAAAGAACAAGCUGCCUCUCUCUGCACAGAUCUUCUCCUCUUUUACACAGAUUUAAACAUGCUGCAGGAUAGUCAACACAAGCCGAGUUGCGAGUGUCGGCAGACGUUGCUACAAGUGAUAGUGUUCGCGCUCAAGAUCUGCGCUGUGAUGCUGUCUGGAGACAUGGCGGAGUGUGAGAGUAGGUUGUUGUCCGUGUGUCGCGGCGGGUUGCUCGUGCUGCAGCGGUGCGCGGCGCGGGAUGAGGUGUGCCAGCUGGCGCACUGCGAGGGUCACCUGCUGCAGUACUGCCACAUCAUGCUGGCACACACACAUGAUGAACUGCAUUCUAACAUGCUGUCAGAGGUGACGUCAUCACUGCAGAGCAGCCCCGAGGAGUCUCCGCCCUCAUACCACACGGAGCCCUGGCUCAAGAGCUUUCAUACAUUCUCACUCGCCGACUGACAUCCGUUUAGUAUUUACCGUAAUAUUUAAGCCCCUUUUCCACUAGAGUACGCUACUACUGGAAAUCUUACUUACUAAUAUUAUAAACGCGAAUGUUUACAUUGAUGGAUGGAUAGAUGUUUGUUA